CCAUUGCUGAGACCCAUUUGAGGCCGAAACAAGAUCGCUAGUAGCAUGUCAAUGGGCGCACUUGGAUGUGUUUGUGGGCUCAUCCGGUGAUUCGAAGCCUUUCAAGGCUCCAAACUGAAAGCGCCCUGGAUCGAUCGAAUCCCGGCGUCAUGGCUUUGUCGCUUUUGGUGGCUUUGCUGACUACAUGGCCCACAGCGAUUGCCAUCCGUGUGGAUCGUGUGGAUCGUGUGGAUUUGCCGCAGAACUACACAGCUUAUCUUCACGACUUUGGCCUGUCGGAGAGGCGUUUGCAGGAGUCCGAUCAGCUCCGGAGCAAGCGCGAAGAAGCCUUCUGGCAGAGGCACGCCAGGGCCAUGUACCAGAACUCUUUGCCUGGUGCACGCUGGUGGGCAGCAGCCAGUCAUUUGUUUGACGCCUUGGACGAUGAGCUGAAGGUCAUGAGGGGCUACAAGCCCGUGGCGCCAGUGGCCCACGUGGCCAAGGCUUUGAAUUUCCUGCAGAUCACGACCGACUCGGCUGACCGCUCCAACACCUCGGCCGCCUGGGACAUCCCCCAGGGCCUGGUCUUGCCCGAGGCGAUGGAUUGGCGACCCAAGGUCAGCACGUCCAAUGAGGUCCGCUCGCAGGGCGUUUGCGGUGAUUGUUGGGCAAUUUCAUCGUUGAACGCCUUGGAAAUGCACCUGGAGCUGGGCCACCGCGGUGAGCCCUCGAUGGUGGGCCGUGUUGGAGGUGAUACCUUGGAUGAGUUGGUGACCUGCACUCCCAAUCGACACCACUGUGGUGGCUCUGGCGGCUGUGGUGGUGCCACUUCUGAGUUGGCCUUCCAAUACGUCAAGGAGCAUGGCCUUUCUCUCAAGGAUUGGUCCCAAGCCUCCAAAAGCUCUUCAGGCUCCCUGUGCUCCCAUGCUGCUGGACAGAGGCGUUUGGUGAGCGACGGCUUUGUUCGGCUGAGCCCCAACGUGGCAUACCCCUUGCAGCAGCUUGGGCUGUCCUUCCUUUUCUAUCCCGUCGCAAGUUGGUUGAAUGGAUACAGCGCUUAAUUAAGCAUGACUCCAAAUGGCUAUCGGAAGCCUAAUUACUGGCGCUCGAUUUCACCCGUUCUCCAAUGCAGCACCAUCGACUGUCGACUUGUAGAUCGAUUGACGUCACUGCGCCAAGUUGGUACCUGGACAUGGGGAGACUCCGUCCAUGUUAGCCCUUUCCAGCGGUAUUGUGGCGUUUGUCUUGUUUUGGUCCUGAGACUGCUGCCACCUUGUCGUGUCUCACGCAUGAAAAAUGGCUGCCACGUUCGAUGGAUGGAUGUGGAGACCUCCACGAGUGGAGAGGGUGACAGUGAGUCGUGGAGUGACUCUGGUGCAACGAAUGGGUGACUCUAGAGUUCAUGGCUCAAGUGCAAAGGGUACAGGUGCUUCAAAAGAAUUCCUAUCUCCAACGGUCCUUGUCGCGUGCCAUCUACUCUGACUAUCUUUGACUCCUUGUCGCAGGCUUGGUGCACGAAUGGGUUGCUUUGGAUAUUUUGGGAUCUGGAAUCUGGUCCUGGAGUCCUAGAUGGAUAUAUGACAUGUGCCUUCUCAUGCCAUCCACUGCGUCGAUCUGAACACCCAUCUGCGCUCGAGGUAUGCUUUGUCCACCCAGGGUCCCGUGGUGGUCUCGGCCGAUGCCUCGAAUUGGGAAACCUACGGCGGUGGUAUCUUCGAUGGCUGCGGCCGCAAUGCUGCCGUGAACCACGCGGUGCUGGCCGUGGGCUAUGGCCGUUCGCCGCAGGGGAAAUAUUGGAUCAUCCGCAACUCCUGGGGACGCGAGUGGGGUGAAAGCGGCCACAUGCGCCUCUUACGCUUCGAGGAUGAGAAGGUCCAUUGUGGCAUGGACUACCAUCCUCAAGAAGGCGUGGGUUGCGAUGGGGAGACAACUCCGGUUCCCGUUUGCGGCAUGUGCGGCAUCCUCUUCGAUUCCGCCUUUCCAGUGAACGUGCGCGUGGCGUAGCUGAGAGUAGCUGAGUAAGGCUACGUCACGUGUUUGGAGAUCAGGUUCAGCUGAAACCAAUGUGAUGAUUAGGGGCUGAGGACCGAGGAUAC